GCGGGCGCUCACACUCCAGCCGACGCUGCGGCGCGGGCAGUGGGCGAGCCCCCCGGGGCCUGGGCGAGCCCGUGGCCGCCAGCGCUCCCCGUGCCGCGUUUGCUCUCGGGCAGCUCGGUCCGCGGGAGCCCAUGCGGCUCGGACCUGGGCGGUGGCGGGAGGAAAGAUGCCACAGCCCGAGUCCCGGAAGGCCGGGAUCCUGCCUUGCCUGCGUCCGGAGUCACCAGGGGAUCUUUGUGGGAUCUUUACAUUCACCUUGAGGACCUGGUGGGGUUCCUGGAGGUAAACCCCACACAAGUGCGCCCUUCUCCCAAGACUGCAUCCCUGGAGUUUCUAACUCUCGUGGGUCCAGCAGCUUUUGCUACAGGCGUAUUUAUGAAGGACACUAUGGGAAAUCAGUACUAGCACUCACAUGACUGUAGCUGAGUUGAAAUCCGAAUGUGUCUUAUGGAAAAAGCUAACAAAUGUGUGCUGGUUGACAAUUUGGAACAGAGAGCACUGACGAGAAAAUAGCCAGAAACUACUAAAAGGAAACUGAAAAUGGCCCUUCAGCUAUGCUAGGUCUAUAAUGGGAAGCAUCACAGUUCGAUAUUUUUGUUAUGGAUGCCUUUUUACAUCUGCUACCUGGACGGUUUUGCUUUUUGUUUAUUUCAACUUCAGUGAAGUGACUCAGCCACUUAAGAAUGUGCCCAUCAAGGGGUCUGGGCCCCAUGGACCAUUCCCCAAAAAAUUCUAUCCCCGUUUCACUCGAGGUCCAAGUCGAAUAUUAGAAUCACAGUUCAAAGCAAACAAAAUUGAUGAUGUGAUAGGUGAUCAUAUCGAAGAUACAGAAAAAGGCAACUUGAAAUUCUCUUCUGAAUUGGGUAUGAUUUUUAAUGAACGUGACCAGGAGUUGAGAGACUUGGGGUAUCAGAAGCAUGCCUUCAAUAUGCUUAUUAGCAACCGCUUGGGCUCCCAUAGAGACGUGCCCGAUACAAGGAACGCAGCAUGUAAAGACAAGACAUACCCGGUGGACCUGCCAGUCGCUAGUGUGGUUAUUUGUUUCUACAACGAAGCCCUGUCUGCUCUGCUGCGCACCGUGCAGAGCGUCCUGGACCGCACGCCGGCCCGGCUGCUCCACGAAAUCCUCCUCGUGGACGACGACAGUGACUUCGAUGAUUUGAAAGGAGAACUAGAUGAAUUUGCCCAAAAACUCCUCCCUGGAAAAAUUAAAGUAAUAAGAAAUACAAAGCGGGAGGGACUGAUUCGAGGAAGAAUGAUUGGAGCAGCCCACGCCACAGGGGAAGUGCUGGUGUUCCUGGACAGCCACUGUGAGGUGAACGUGAUGUGGCUGCAGCCCUUGCUGGCCGCCAUCCGGGAGGACCGGCGGACGGUCGUGUGCCCCGUGAUCGACAUCAUCAGUGCGGACACGCUGGCCUACAGCUCGUCCCCGGUGGUGCGGGGCGGAUUCAACUGGGGGCUGCACUUCAAGUGGGACCUCGUGCCGCUUCCUGAGCUCGGAGGGCCGGAAGGAGCUACUGCACCAAUAAAGUCACCUACAAUGGCUGGAGGAUUGUUCGCCAUGAAUAGAAAGUAUUUCAAUGAACUUGGGCAGUAUGACAGUGGCAUGGAUAUCUGGGGAGGAGAAAAUUUAGAAAUAUCAUUUCGGAUUUGGAUGUGUGGAGGCAGACUCUUCAUCAUCCCUUGCUCUAGAGUGGGACACAUUUUUCGCAAAAGGCGACCCUAUGGUUCUCCUGAGGGACAGGACACCAUGACACACAACUCCCUGAGGCUGGCACACGUGUGGCUGGAUGAAUAUAAGGAGCAGUAUUUUUCCUUACGACCUGACCUGAGGACCAGAAGCUAUGGAAAUAUCAGUGAGCGUGUUGAAUUGAGGAAGAAGUUGGGUUGUAAAUCAUUUAAAUGGUAUUUGGAUAAUAUUUACCCAGAGAUGCAGAUAUCUGGGCCCAAUGCAAAACCCCAGCAACCCAUUUUUAUCAAUAGAGGGCCAAAACGCCCCAAAGUCCUUCAACGUGGAAGGCUCUGUCACCUGCAGACCGGCAAGUGCCUGGUGGCCCAGGGCCGCCCAAGUCAGAAGGGAAGCCUCGUGGUGCUGAAGGCAUGUGACUACAGUGACCCUACUCAGGUCUGGAUUUAUAACGAAGAGCAUGAGUUGGUUUUAAGUAAUCUCCUUUGCCUGGAUAUGUCAGAAACGCGCUCAUCAGACCCCCCACGACUCAUGAAGUGCCAUGGAUCAGGAGGGUCCCAGCAGUGGACCUUUGGGAAGAAUAAUCGGCUGUACCAGGUGUCAGUUGGACAGUGCCUGAGAGUGGUUGAUCCAUUGAGUCACAAAGGCUACGUUGCUAUGGCGAUCUGUGAUGGCUCCUCCUCCCAGCAGUGGCAUCUGGAAGGUUAAGGUGGACACCAGGCUGGAAUGGUGAUUCAUCAUGCUGGUCCUGUGGAGACAGAUGCCUGAGAAGAUGAGCAGACGCGAGACAGCAGAUGUACUCGAGUGUGGACCUACUGAGCCUCGGGAGGUGAAGAAGUAUGUUUCACCAAGACAUUAAGGUCAUUUCUGAGCUGCUGUUAAGGAAUUUCUUGCUUAUGGUAAGAGACAAGAAUACAGUUUUAAUAUAAAGAGUCAGGUUUAUACAGAAGGAUAAAACCCUGCAAAUAGCUAGGUCUAUUCAAAUUUAUUUAUGCUUUUUAAUUCUCUAAUGGCGUGUAUCUGAUCAGGAACUUGUUAUGAUUUCCUUUCUUAGAAGAUUUCGUAGACAGACAAACUGAGUCCAGAUUUCUUUUAACUUCAGGAGGCAUCAUGUAUAAGAUCAUAUUUAAGAGGCAGUUAACUAUUCUAAAUUAUUUGGAUGAAUUAUGGUACUAUCUUCAUUUAAAAUAAAGGAUCCUUUUAAUUAUUUACCUUUCUUUGGGAUUGGGGCCUCAUGUCUGAGCUGUCCCACGGAUGUGACACAUGGUAAGAUGUUCAGCUGCUGACCCAAUACGCUGGGCAGGAACCCUGCCCGGAGCGAAGUUUCAGUUUCUUAGCUUGAAUUAUAUCAGUUUGAAGCUGAAGGUACAUGACUUUGGAUAUUUGAUAUUCAAGUUUCCCAUGAAACAUCCAGGUAGAGUUGUUAAAUAGAGGUUGAGAUCUCAAAACACAUCUCAGAGAUUCAAAUUUAGGAAUCAUCUGUAUAUACUAAACGCCUAAAUACAAAGCGAGGGUUUUUUUUUCUACCAUUACAUCUCAGAGACGGUCUCAUGUUACUGGGUACUUUCUCAGUUAUUUUAUCUUGAACUACAGAGCAGUUUAAGCAACAGAUUAGAAACAUGUUAAAGUAUAUCUUGUAUCUAUAUUCUAAACUUUUAAUCAGUCAUUCAACUUCAAAGACCAGACGGUACAUAACAGAAAACAAAAAGCAGCAAGAUGGUAGAUUUAAACUCAAUAAAAUCAGUAAUCACAUUAAAUGUAAUUUGAUUAAACCUAAAUGCCCCAGUUAGAAGGCAGAGAUUGUUAGACUGAAUAAAAAUGCUAAGAUCCAACUAUAUAUGCUGCCUCACUUUAAAUAUGAAGACACAAGUUAAAAAUAGAUGAGAAAUAGAUGCAUAUUGAACACUAAUUCAAAGACAUCUGGAGUAGCUAUAUUACUAUUAGUCAAAGGGGAUUUCAGAGCAAAAAAUGUUACUAGGGGUAAAGGUUGUUUUCGUAACAAUAAAGGGGUCCGUUCAUUAAGAGUAAAGAAUCCCUAACAUUUAUGUAUCUAAUAACUUCAAAAUCCAUGCCACCCAGACUGUUCUAUCAGAACGGCCAGUAGACAUUAUCUACAAUUAUAAUAGAUUUCAGCACACCUCUCAAUAAUAGAUAAAACAAGUAUACAGAAAAAUCGAAAUCAGUGAGCUACAGAAAACUUGAGCAAUACUGUCAGCCAACUUGACAUAAUUAACAUUUAUGGACCACUCCACCCAACAAGAACACAAUCAUUCUUUCCAGGUACACAUGAAACAUUUAUCAAGGUAGAUUAUGAGUAUUAAACAAGUCUCAAUAAUUUAUACAAAUUCAACUCAUGAAAAUUAUAUUAGAAAUCACUAACAGAAAGAACCUGGAAAAUCUACCAGUAACACACUUCCCAAUACCCUGUGGGUCAAAGAAGAAAUCAAAAGGCUAUUUAGAAAAUAUAGCAUAUCAAAGUUAUAGGACUGAGCCAACUUGGUACUUGGAAAAUUUAUAGCACUAAGCACCUAUAUUAGAAAAGGAUUAAAAAUUUGAAAUCACUCACCUCGCUUCCACCUUAAUAGAAAAAGAAAAGCAAGUUAGAAGAGCAAAGAAUCAGAAGAGAUAUUAAAUGUUAGAACAGAAACAAAUGAAAAAACAAAAAUAGAGAAACUUAAUGAAACCAAAAACUGGAUUAAGAAUGUCAAUAAAACCAAAUUUUUUUUUUUUUAAGACACAAAUUACCAACAUCAGUAAAAAGAAUGGCAACCUUAAUAGAGGUUCUACAAAUGUUAAAAAGAGUAAGAAGCCACAGGAACUCUCAGUCACUGCUGGUGGGAGUGCACAAUGCUACAGCCACGUUGGAAGACAGUUUGGCGGUUUCUUACAAAACUAACAUACUCUUGCCAGAUGAUCCAACAAUCAAGCUUCUUAGUAUUUACCCAAAGGAACUGAAAACUUAUGCCCACACAAGUAUCUUAUUUCUAGCAGCUUUAUUCCUAAUUGCCAAAACCUGGAAGCAACCACGAUGUCCUUCAGUAGCUGAUCGAUAAACUGAGUAUUAGUGUUCAAAGGAAGUGAACUAUUGAGCCACAAAAACACAUGGAGGAAACAUAAAUGCAUAUUAAUUGGUGAAAGAAGCCAGUCUCAAAAUCUACUGCCUGUCUGAUUUCAACUAUAUGACAUUCUAGAAAAGGCCAAACCAUGGAGACAGUAAAAGAUCAGUGUGGUUGCCAGAGGAAAAGGGAGGCAGAGAUGAACAGGCAGAGCAGACGAGAUACUUAGGGCAGUGGAGCUGGUGUGUGUAACAUAAUAAUGGCACAUGGAUGUCAUUAUACAGUAAUCAAACCUGUAGAAUGUGACUUUGGAUGAUGAUGUCACAUAGGUUCAUCCGUGACACAGGACACUGAUGGUGGGGACCUGUGAGUAUGUUCUGUACUUUACGCUCAAUUUUGCUGUGAACCUAAAACCACUCUAAAAAAUAAAUUCUGUUUUUAAAAAAAGGAUAAGGGAGUAUGACCAACUUCAUGCCAGUAAAUAAAACGGACAAAUUCCUUGAAAGAAGCAAAUAACCCAACUUCUCUAAAGAAUUAGAUAAGCUAAAUGGCCAUCUACCUGUUAAACAAAUUGAAUUUGUAGUUUUAAAAAUCAUCCCACAAAGAAAACUCAAGGCACACUAGUGAAUUCUAUCAAACAUUAGAGGGAAAAACUAUGCCAAUACACAACCUCUCUGGAAAACUGUGAAAUUUUGGUAUUAUGAGCAAUUUUAAAAGCAAUACACCAGAAAACUAUAGAUCAAUAUUCUUCAUGAAUAUAGAAGACGCCUUAUAAACACAUUAGCAAAUCAAACACAGCAAUAUAUAAAAAGGACGAUACCUGGUGAAAAGUGGGUUUGGUCCCAGGAAUGUAAAGUUGCUUUAACAUUACAGAAUCAAUCACUGUAUAGUUCAUGAUGUUAACACAAGAGAAAAGGCUUAUGAUCUUGCAGAAAAAAAAUUUGACAAAAUUCAACACACAUUUAUGAUAAAAACUCAGCAAACUAGGAAUGGAAGGAAAAUUCAUCAACUUGAUAAAGGCCAUCCAAGAAAAAUGAGUCUCAUUAAAAAAAAGACUAGAUAACAAAAA